CAAUACCAAAAGCAAUGAUCUCUUUCGUGGUGUUUGGGUUCCUCACGGUCCUUUUCACCUUCUCAUUGCUCACACAGUGGAGAAAGGCUUCUGCAGAAAAGAGAAGGCUACCUCCAGGGCCAAAGAAACUACCCUUCAUUGGCAACCUCCACCAGCUUGGAACGUUGCCCCAUCGAUCCCUUCAACACCUUUCACGUAAGCAUGGACCUCUCAUGUUCUUGCAGCUGGGUUCGAUACCAACCUUGGUUGUCUCUUCUGCUGACAUGGCCAAAGAGAUCUUCAAAAACUAUGACUCAGUUUUCUCUGGGAAGCCUCUACUGCACGCCGCAAACCGCUUAGGAUACGGUUCAAGCGUGAGUUUUGCACCGUACGGUGAGUACUGGAGGGAGAUGAGGAAAAUCAUGGUCUCAGAGUUACUGAGUCCGAAGAGGGUUCAAUCGUUUGAAGCUGUGAGAUUUGACGAGGUCAAACGCAUGCUUCAGGCUGUUUCUCUGUCUCCUGGUCCUGUCGACCUGAGUGAACUCACUCUCUCGCUCACCAACAACGUUGUUUGUCGGGUUGCUCUCGGCAAAAGGGACAGGGGUACGGGUGAUGCAAAUAAGGUUUACAGAAUGCUUAAAGAAACACAGGAAAUGUUGGGAGGGUUCUUUGUGGAUGACUUCUUUCCACAGUUGGGGUGGCUGAACAAGUUCAGUGGCCUUGAAAGCAGACUAGAGAAGAAUUUCAGAGACAUGGAUCGGUUUUACGACGAAGUGAUCAAGGAGCAUGUUGAUAAGUCUCGUGAGAGCGCAGAAACAGAGCAUGAAGAUGUUGUGGAUGUGCUGCUUCAAGUUCAGAAGGAUCCGAGUCAACCCAUUGCCAUCAGUCACCACCAAAUUAAGGGUGUUCUAGUGGACAUCUUUGUAGCAGGAACUGAUACUGCUGCAGCAACAAUGAUAUGGAUAAUGUCUGAGUUGAUUAGGAACCCGAAAGCAAUGAAAAAAGCACAAGAAGAAGUAAGAGAAAUCAUGAAGGGAAAGGAAAUGGUACAAGAGAUUGACCUCCCAAACCUCUUGUACCUUAAGUUAGUUGUGAAGGAGGCACUGAGACUCCAUCCACCUGCGCCAUUGCUUGUGCCAAGAGAGACAACAGAGGCUUGCAUGAUCAGAGGGUUUCAAAUCCCUGCCAAAACGAGGGUGCUUGUGAAUGCAAAAUCAAUAGCAAUGGAUCCAACUUGUUGGGAGAAUCCAAAUGAGUUCUUACCAGAGAGGUUCUUGAACAGCUCCAUAGAUUAUAAAGGACAACACUUUGAGAUGUUGCCAUUUGGGGUAGGGCGAAGGAGUUGCCCUGGAGUGAACUUUGCCAUGCCUCUUGUUGAGUUAGUACUUGCAAAUCUUCUGCUUCGUUUUAACUGGGAACUGCCUCUUGGACUUGGAAUACAAGACUUGAACAUGGAAGAAGCAAUUGGCAUAACCAUGCACAAGAGAGACCAUCUUUGGCUGAGAGCCACCCCCUUUCACCAGUAGCGCUUUUCUUCUUUUUGUUUCAAAUUUCAGCUUUCAAAAUGGUUUCAUGUUCAUCUUAUAAUUUCAAUGUGUCUCUCUUGAUCAUACUGGUGUAAACAUAUGUGUGUUAAAACAGCUUCUGUCUAGUACAGAGAUUUAUGGUUAGUUGAGGCUGAAUUUGAUUUUCAUCGUUCUUAUGAUC